CUGGCGGGGGCGCCAGGCGCCGCUCUCUCUCGGGUCAGGCUCUCGCCUCCCGGCUCUCAGCUCCCAACGCUGAGCCGUUUCUCAAACAACGCGCAGCAGAGGCGGGUUGGUGUCAGGACGCUGGAGGCAGUGUCGUCGGAGCCACUCGCAGACCGCAGCCCCACCGAGCCUGCAGGCCUCCGGGAUGGAGCCGCCGCUCCCGGUCGGAGCCCAGCCCCUUGCCACUAUCGAGGGUUUGGAGAUGAAGGGUCCUCUCCGGGAGCCCUGCGUGCUGACCCUAGCCCAGAGGAAUGGGCAAUAUGAGUUAAUAAUCCAGUUGCAUGAGAAGGAACAGCAUGUCCAAGAUAUCAUUCCUAUAAAUAGCCACUUCAGAUGUGUUCAAGAAGCGGAAGAAACCCUUUUGAUUGACAUCGCUUCAAACAGUGGCUGCAAAAUUCGGGUUCAGGGGGACUGGACCAGAGAACGCCGCUUUGAAAUCCCUGAUGAGGAACACUGUUUGAAGUUUCUCUCAGAGGUCCUUGCUGCCCAGGAAGCUCAGUCACAGCUUCUUGCUCCAGAGCAAAAAGACUCAUCUAGCUGGUUCCAGAAAUUAGACACUAAGGACAAACCUUCUGUGUUUUCAGGGCUUCUUGGAUUUGAGGAUAAUUUUUCAUCUAUGAAUUUGGACAAGAAAAUAAAUUCACAAAAUCAGCCUACGGGGAUUCAUCGGGAACCCCCACCUCCACCCACUUCUUUGAAUAGAAUGCUUCCACGUGAAAAAGAAGUUUCUAACAAGGAACAGCCCAAAGUGACCAACACCAUGAGGAAGCUCUUUGUACCAAAUACCCAGUCUGGCCAGCGGGAGGGUCUCAUCAAACAUAUCCUGGCAAAACGAGAAAAAGAAUAUGUCAACAUUCAUACUUUCAAAUUUUUUGUUGGAACUUGGAAUGUGAAUGGCCAGUCUCCGGAUAGCACGUUAGAACCCUGGCUGAACUGUGAUCCAAAUCCUCCUGAUAUCUACUGCAUUGGAUUCCAAGAACUGGAUUUGAGCACAGAGGCCUUUUUCUACUUUGAAUCUGUGAAGGAACAAGAAUGGUCCAUGGCUGUGGAGAGGGGUUUGCAUUCCAAAGCCAAGUAUAAGAAAGUUCAAUUAGUCCGCCUGGUUGGGAUGAUGCUCCUUAUAUUUGCCAGAAAGGAUCAGUGUCGGUAUAUCCGUGAUGUUGCUACAGAAACAGUUGGAACUGGGAUCAUGGGGAAAAUGGGAAACAAAGGUGGGGUAGCUGUGAGAUUUGUGUUUCACAACACUACUUUCUGCAUUGUUAAUUCUCACCUGGCUGCCCAUGUGGAAGACUUUGAGAGAAGGAAUCAAGAUUAUAAGGACAUCUGUGCAAGAAUGAGCUUUGUGGUCCCCAAUCAGACUCUCCCGCAACUGAACAUUAUGAAACAUGAUGUUGUAAUUUGGUUGGGAGAUUUGAACUACAGACUUUGCAUGCCUGAUGCCAGUGAAGUGAAAAGUCUUAUUAGUAAGAAUGACCUUCAGAGACUCUUGAAAUUCGAUCAGCUAAAUAUCCAGCGCACACAGAAAAAAGCUUUUAUCGACUUCAAUGAAGGGGAAAUCAAGUUUAUCCCCACUUACAAGUAUGACUCGAAAACAGACCGAUGGGAUUCCAGUGGAAAAUGUCGAGUUCCAGCCUGGUGUGACCGAAUUCUUUGGAGAGGAACAAAUGUUAAUCAGCUUCAUUAUCGGAGUCACAUGGAACUGAAAACCAGUGACCACAAGCCUGUUAGCGCCCUCUUCCAUAUUGGGGUAAAAGUAGUGGAUGAACGGAGGUAUCGGAAAGUCUUUGAAGAUAUUGUACGCAUCAUGGACAGGAUGGAAAAUGACUUCCUUCCUUCCUUAGAACUCAGCAGGAGGGAGUUUGUGUUUGAGAAUGUGAAGUUUCGGCAACUACAAAAAGAGAAGUUCCAGAUCAGCAACAAUGGACAGGUUCCCUGCCAUUUUUCUUUCAUCCCUAAACUUAAUGACAGCCAGUACUGCAAGCCAUGGCUUCGGGCUGAACCUUUUGAGGGCUACUUGGAGCCAAAUGAGACAGUGGACAUUUCUCUUGAUGUGUAUGUCAGCAAAGACUCUGUGACCAUCCUGAACUCAGGGGAAGAUAAGAUUGAAGAUAUUCUUGUCCUUCACCUGGAUCGAGGCAAAGAUUACUUUUUGACCAUCAGUGGAAAUUACCUCCCAAGUUGUUUUGGUACAUCCUUAGAGGCUUUGUGCCGAAUGAAAAGACCAAUCCGAGAAGUACCAGUCACCAAACUCAUAGACUUGGAAGAAGACAGCUUCCUAGAAAAGGAGAAAAACCUUCUGCAAAUGGUUCCCUUGGAUGAAGGUACCAGCGAGAGACCCCUUCAAGUCCCCAAGGAGAUCUGGCUUCUAGUAGAUCACUUAUUCAAAUAUGCCUGUCACCAGGAGGACCUGUUCCAAACUCCUGGAAUGCAGGAAGAGUUACAGCAGAUAAUUGAUUGUCUGGAUACCAGCAUUCCUGAGAAAAUUCCUGGCAGUAAUCACUCUGUGGCUGAAGCACUGCUCAUUUUCCUGGAAGCCUUGCCAGAGCCAGUUAUCUGUUAUGAGCUGUAUCAGCGAUGUCUUGACUCUGCUCAUGAUCCUCGAGUCUGCCGACAGGUAAUUUCCCAGCUGCCAAGAUGCCAUAGAAAUGUUUUCCGUUACUUGAUGGCAUUCCUUCGAGAACUGUUAAAAUUCUCUGAAUAUAACAACGUCAGCGCCAACAUGAUCGCCACUCUCUUCACUACUCUUCUCCUAAGGCCUCCACCCAACCUUAUGGCAAGACAGACUCCAAGUGACCGCCAGCGUGCCAUCCAGUUUCUUUUGGGCUUUCUGCUUGGGAGUGAUGAAGACUAAGUCUUUUCUUCUUCAAAAUUCUAGAGGAGAAAGAUCUUGGGCUCCAAGUAUUUCAGAAUGAUUUGAGAAGGCGUGCCACAGGAAGGGUCUAUUGCAGGAUCUCAGGUUCUGUUAAUAGUGCAAAAGAAAAAGAGUUUCUUAAUCCCUUCUUUACCAUAUUCUACACAGCAAAAUACUUUUAGACUUAUAUUGCCAAGCCAAAGUUACCGUAUUUUGGUGUUUUUGUGUUUUCUCUUUAUAAGGCAAAGAGGUCUGUAUUUACACUCCUUUACCUACGGAUAAUGUUUGUUGCCCUCCUACCCAAUUGUCAUGAUUGUCCUUAGUCAUAGGCCUAGAUUCUGAGAUGUUUCCAUUCUAGGUCUAUAAGCACUACUUGCUAUAUCUCAGACUUGUCUGUAGUCCUCCAUAUAAUGCACUUUUGACCCACUCUUCCCCAUGUCACUCCUUUGCACUCCCCUUCACUCCUUCUAUCACUUCAAAGGAAGCCUGGGUGAGGCUAAUGACUCCUUGGUUCUCCUUAACAGUGAGUUCACUGUCUAUAUGUGGUCAUUACAUGCAUUUGUGCAUUUCUACUACAAUGGCAUGUAUAUGUCACUGUUAUCAGCCUUUUUGUGGAUCCGCACUGGGUGGAACCUUUUUUCUUGUCUUAGAUCACAUUUAGUAACAUAACUUUAGGAGCUAUAGAGAUGGCAUCCCAUUGACAUAACAGAAUCACAUUCAGAGUGGAAGCACUUUGAGUAUUUCAGGAGUGAGAGUAUUCACAUUUGAUAGGUCCUGCUUCCUACUUUCCCUAUCCUAUUAUUAUAUGAGGAUUAUUAAUCCUGGACACUAGGGGAUGCAUCUCCCACUUAGCCACCUCCAAUGCCGGACUCAGUGGUGCACACCUGUAAAUCCUAGCAACUUGGGAAACUGAGGCUGGAGGAUUGCAAGUUUGAGGACAAUCUCAGCAACUUAGUGAGACGUUGUCUCAAAAUAAUGACUAAAAAAAAAAGAACUUGGAAUGUAGCUCAGUGGUAAAGCACCACUAGGUUCAAUCCCCAGUGUAAAAAGAAAGAAAAAAUUCACCUCCAGAGCAACACUUGCCAAUUUCCCCACACUGAAAAAGGGAGUUUGUGUGCCUCUAGCAGACCCCUCUGGAGCUAAUGUUCCACCCACAGCAAGGAUACUGAGGAUAACCCUCAGAACCCUUCUUUAAUUGUCUGAAGUACCAAGGGACAUGUGUUACCCCACCCCAGCAGGGUUGACUUUGGGCUGCAUAUCUGGCUUCUUCAAGGAUGUAGAAGACUCCCUUUGCCUCCCAGUCACUGUAUACAGUAUUGUGUAAGAGAGAUUGAUCAGUGGGACCAACCAUAAAACCUUGCCUUGCCCACCCAAGAUAACCCUCUGAAUAUUUCAUUCAUUCAAGCUUUAUGGGACAGCCUUUUAAAAAAUUAAUUUGUUGAUUGACAAACAAGCCACCAGCCACUGACUGCAAAACUCCCUGAUGCAAUUGACUUCCUCCUGGUUUCUUUCAUUAAAACCACCCCAAGUUAUUCUUGCCUGUUAACAUUAGACUCAAGGGACAUAAUGUAUGGGCUCUGUGCAAUCUUGGGCUUUGAUUCCUUAACUCUUCUAGACCAUCCAAUGAGAGGCCAGGGGAAACUCUACCACUGACUGGUUCUCCGAUUCUCCAAUCUCUUGAAAGUUGAGUUCUUUGGGGGAAGACAAGGUAUGUAUACUGCAAUAUACUGGUUAAACCCUUUCUUGAUUGGGCCUGAGAGAAAUUAGAGUCAAAAUACUGAUGCCAGAUAGUUUAAGGUCUGAUAGGUCAGGGGCUGGGUGGUGAACUUAGUUAAUGGAAGACUGAGAGCAGAACAGUUUGGUCAUCUCCAGUUGUCCACAAAGUGGUCACAGAAAGAGGCAGAGAAUAGGAGCUAGAUAAUUGAAGCUAGGAUAGAGUACUAACGCAGGGAAAUGGCUUUCCUAAGCCUGUUUUCUAGUAUCUUUCCAACCUGGGGUCUUUGGGUGACCAAGAGUAUGGUUAUUAUGAGCUCUGUGCAGCACACAUAUAGCCUCUUUCUUAAUCAGGUCAAAGCACUAAGUUGGUUCACUGCAUCAACCUUUUUCCCGGCUCAUCCUGGGAUAUAUACAGGGUUGAGGAUUUUAGACAAUCUCUAGAUAGAGAAGAGAAGACAGACUAGAUAUAAGAAAUCUGCUUCCCUCCUAUGCCUGUCCCAGCAUCCCACCCUCUAAUUCCUAAGUACACCAAGGUACUAUUUCAUAGUUCCUCCAAAUUAAGGAUUUCAGAUUCAACUGGUAGGGAAGGACUCUGCACCUGUUGUUUUAGGAAGAAAUGGUUCAAAUCCCUGAGGUGACAUUGCAUUAGUUUUCCUUUCACUGUUUCCUGAUUCUUAUUCUGUAAUUGUUUGUUAUAUUUCCCAAAAAUGUCUUAGUCACUAAGCAAAGCUGCUAGUGGGAUUCUGUAUUUUGUGUCUUUUUUAUUAUAAUUUAUUGCAAAUUCUUUUCUGAAUAAAUAUAUGUUGUAUGAAAAAUCAAAAUGUGAUAUUGGUG